UAUGGAGACACAUCACUGUGAUACCUGUGGGAAGAGCCUUUCUUCAUCCAGUUACCUCAAGCAACACAUAAUGAUCCACACAGGAGAGAAGCCCUACUGCUGUGACCUCUGUGGUCAAACCUUCAGGAGUGCUAACCGUUUAAGAAUUCACAGCAGGGUCCACACUGGAGAGAAGCCCUACAACUGCGAACUCUGUGGUAAAACCUUUAGCCGGUCGGACGGUUUAAAAGUUCACCGCAGGAUCCACACUGGGUUAAAGCCCUACAGCUGUGACCUCUGUGGUAAAACCUUUAGCCAUGCUGCCCAUUUAAGAUAUCACCACAUGAGCCACACUGGAGAGAAGCCCCACAGCUGUGACCUCUGUGGUAAAACCUUUAGCCACGCUAGCAAUUUCAGAUAUCAUCGCAGGACGCACACUGGAGAGAAGCCCUACAGCUGUGACCUCUGUGGUAAAACCUUUAACCAGGCUGGCAAUUUAAGAUCUCACCGCAGAAUCCACACUGGAGAGAAGCCCUACAGCUGUGACCUCUGUGGUCGAAGUUUUAGGAAGGCUGCCACUUUCAUAGUUCACCGCAGGAUCCACACUGGAGAGAAGCCCUACAGCUGUGACCUCUGUGGUAAAACCUUUAGCCAUGCUGACAGUUUCAGAUCUCACCACAGGACCCACAUUGGAAAGAAGCCCUACAGUUGUGACCUCUGUGAUGAAGCCUUCUUUACGUCUGGUGGAUUGAAGAAGCACCACAUGACCCACACUGGAGAGAAGCCUUACUGCUGUGACAUCUGUGGUAAAACCUUUAGCCAGGCUAGCAAUUUCAAAUAUCAUCGCAGGACCCACACUGGAGAGAAGCCCUACAGCUGUGACCUCUGUGGUAAAACCUUUAGCCUGGCUGGCAAUUUUAAAAUUCAUCGCAGGACACACAUUGGAAAGAAGCCCUACAGCUGUGAAAGCUGUGAUAAAGCCUUCUCUACGUCUGGUGGAUUAAAAAGGCACAGUAAGAUCCACACUGGAGAGAAGCCCUACAGCUGUGACCUCUGUGGUAAAAACUUUAGCCAGGCUGCCCAUUGCAGAGUUCACCGCAGGACCCACACUGGAGAGAAGCCCUACAGCUGUGACCUCUGUGAUAAAACCUUUAGCCGGGCUGAUGGUUUAAGAUCUCACCGCAUGACCCACAUUGGAGAGAAGCCCACAGCUGCCCAAACUGUACCUAUUCAGAUCUUCUGUUGGCCAAUCAUACUUGAUCGUGGGCGGAGACUAGACAGAGAGGACAUCUGAAGGCUCCAAAGAGACUCAACCAGAGAGACUACAGAGAGAGGAUCAACCAGAGAUAAACACAACCAGAGAGACCAAACAGAACAAA